AUGGGCGUUCACGGUCUCACCUCCUUUGUCAACAAGCACCAGCCUCGUCUAAGCAAGACGCACGUUCUCACCUCUCCAACCGCGAAAGAAACUCCGACGGCUUUCAUCAUCGAUGGGCUCGCUUUCACCGCUUACAUUCUCCACAGCUCGGUCGGGUUGGUCACCCUCGAUGGAGCUCGGGGAGGCAACUACACUGCUAUCCGUCGAUAUGUCAAGAGGAUCAUCGAGUACAUCCGAGCCGUCGGUCUGGAGCCAGAGUUCGUCUGGGAUGGUGAGUGCGGUCGGAUCAACGGGCUAUCGGAGGCGACCGAUCGUUUUCUGAUCCAAUUUCGCCUUCGACAGGAGCCCAUGGCGUUUCCAAGCUUUCCACCAUCAAACAGCGCACCGAGCAAAAGAUUGCCGCCGUUCGCGAAUUCAUGUCCUUCAACGACGACAUCCGCGGGCAGGCCGACUUGAUCUCGAACGCUACCGGCAGUCCCCUCCUCACUCGUUCGACUUUCAUCUACGUCUUGAACGAGAUGAAGGUCAAGAUUCACUUUGCCUCCGGAGAAGCGGAUUCUCCUACGGCGGAGAUGGCGCAACGUCGCAAUGGUUACGCCGUCUCGAAUGACAGCGACUUUUUCAUCUUUCCGGCAGAAUAUAGAGGUGAGCGCCCCCAGUCUUUCUCAGGGCGAAAGAUCCGAUUUAAUCGUCGACUCGAUUUUGCUCUUUGUCAGGCUACGUGCCCGUCGAUUCGAUUCGCUUUGGUCACAACCGCUCUCCACUGCUCGAACCAGCGCACUCGACGACGAGCCCCCGACUCGAAUUCGAGGUGUUCCAGCCCGCACGCAUCGCCGCAAGUCUGAAUCUAUCCCUCCACCGUCUACCCCUUCUCGCUGCAUUAGCUGGUAACGAUCUAGCCGACUAUUACAAGCACUUCAAAUUCGCCAGUCCUCCGACGCACUACGGCAGGGUUUGGGUCGAUCAUCGUGCCAUCGCCUCGCGUCUUGGUUGCGUCCGGUUCACUACUUCUUCGCACGAGUCCGCUCUGCGUCAAGUGUUGCCAUCGAUGAUGAUGACCACCCUCGGCACCAAGAUGCUGCUGGAGAAGAUCAUAUCCGACUUGACGACUUCUGCGGCCGGGUACACCUUGCAACCCGUCGAGGAUCUUGGACCGGAUUUUCUUUUAUCGCCUCGUUCUUCGGACACGGCCAACCAAGCCGCGUGUCGCAAGCUCUACCGCGAAAAGGCAUUGGGCACGGGUAAUCUUACUACCCUCACCCUCCAAGCGAUGCAGACCGGUAUCGCCGUCCCCAACAACCUCCUCGAGGAGCCCAAGUUGCCUUCGACGGCAGUGAUGAUGGGUCGUCCGCUGCGCAAAAUGAUCUACGCCGUGCUCGACGACGCGAUCGGUCUGGGUCGCUCGUCGAUCGAAGAGUACUGUCGCCAGGGCAGUUAUCUCCAGUCUGUUCGUAUCGAUAUCUCGCGACUUGGUAGUCUCGUCGACGACUUUGAGUCCUCGUGGUCGUCACCCAUCAUUCUGGCCCCCGAGCACGAGCGUGUGCGCUUCCUCUGCGCUCUUCUGCGCUACGAGGGUACGAUCCCUCUUCAAUCGAACCGAGCUUGGCCUUACUUCUCCCUCGUCCUAGCCCUGCGUCACCUCCAACGACACGCUACCACGAAAUGGAGCAAAGCCACCCUCAUCGCGGCCAUCGCAACAGCCGUGAUCGUCAAACUUCAACCGACCUACGAUCGCAUCUCGGAGCGAAUCAAACUCCCCGCCGCCGCACCCCUGAAUCACCUCCAUCGAUCAGCCGAACUUCUUCAAACUUCUCACGCGCUGCAAAGUUUGAUGGAGGUGUUAUUGUUGUGCGAUCGCAUGGUGCCGCUGCAUAUCACGUUCGAUGGGUCGAUGGUACAUCGUCUGUGGUCUUUGGGCGACGGAGUGAUGGAGACGUUGGGGGAGUAUCUGACGGAGAGUCAACUGGACUUGGUGGAGGAGUUGAUGGGGAUGGUCGAGGAGGAGUGA